AUGCAGGAUGUCGAACUACGGGGCGCCACCAGUUGCCGGACAAAGCCAUCGCAAGGGGGAACCACGUCGGACCAAUGCAACAAACGUUCCAUACUAAGAGCAUGGGAAGCCAAACAGUUGGAGACUACGAGGCGAGGAGGGGGAUGGAGGACGAACAGGGGGAUGGAGGAUGAACAGGGGGAAGGAGGGAGAAAGAGGAGGCCCCCGAGCAGCGACGCCCCAAAAACCCAGACGCAGCAGACUAGGUCCACGCCUCCACGUUCGUGGAUUUGGUUGUCUGCUACAGUAACUCGCUUGGGCCAGCGAGGGUUGCUGAGGUUUAUCAUCCUCCUCAACAUCAAAACCAGAUGUUCAAAUCUUGUAAGAGGGAAGAGGCUUAUUUCUGUUGAAGUCUUACAGGGAAUCUACCUGAUUCUUCGUUGUUGUGUGGCCUUAUUUGGGUGGGUAAGUUCUUCUAACUUAGUGAAGAUAAUGACGAGAACUGCGUCAAUGUUGUUCUUCUUCAGUCCAGAUAACAUGUAUGGCAUUGUAUGUACCUAUGGAAUAUAUUCCUUUUGGCGCCUCAUUGAAUAUAUUCCUUAG